GGGGCAGCCAACUAAGCGAAUCCAUUUCGGUCCGUUCUGGCGGGAAUUAAAAAAAGGAAAGGAGAAAACAGAAAAUCAACUGGAGACAUGUAUAUAAGCCAUGGUAGCUAAGGCUGAGAGGCCGAGCAUGUCGGCACCCACCCUUAAAUCGGCCAAGCAGCAAUCCCUAAUUACCUCCCUACCUCAGCCAGUCUUUACCCCUAAAAUAUCCAACACGCCCGGCCCACAAUGGUUUCCACCAGUCCCACGCCGCCAGCCACACUCACCGGCGACAACGGCCACGACAACUCCAACGAUGAAAAGUCACCACCCCCCGUCAACCCCCCGCCGGACAGCGAAUCUGACGCUUUCAACGAGUACCAUGAUGCCGAGAGAAACUUCCAGCCGCUGUCGCCAAAGUUCUGGUCCGUCAUGGUCGGCCUGUACCUGGCCAUGUUCCUCGUUGGCCUGGACCGCCUCAUCAUCGCAACCGCCGUGCCGCGCAUCACGGACGAGUUCGGGUCCAUCGGCGACAUUGGCUGGUACGGCAGCGCGUACAUGCUGACCAACGCGUGCUCGAACCUCGUCUUUGGCCGCAUCUACCAGCUGUACUCGACCAAGCUGGUGUUUUUGGUGUCGCUGGUCAUCUUCGAGGCCGGCUCCGCCCUGUGCGCCGCCGCCCCGACGUCGGCCGCCUUCAUCGCCGGCCGCGCCUUUGCUGGCCUCGGGUCCGCCGGCCUCUUCGCCGGCAACAUCAUGGUCAUCAUCCCGCUAGUGCCCCUGCGCAAGCGCCCCAUCUUCAUCGCCAUGUUCGGCAUCGUCUUCAGCCUGUCGUCGGUGCUCGGCCCCAUCGUCGGCGGGACGCUGACCGACAACGUGACCUGGCGGUGGUGCUUCUACCUCAACCUGCCCAUCGGCGGCUUCACCAUGCUGGUCAUCAUCUUCUUCCUGCACAUUGACCCGCCGAAGCGCGAGAAGCUCACCGUCUUCGCGCAGAUCAAGCGCCUCGACCCCGUCGGCGUCGUCUUCUUCGUGCCGUCCAUGGUCUCGCUGAUCCUGGCGCUGCAGUGGGGCGGGUCGACGGACGCGUGGUCGGCGCCGCGCAUCAUCGGACUCCUCGCAACUUUCGCCGUGACGCUCGUCGCGUUCGUCGUGGUCGAGGCGCUGACGCCGGCCACGGCCAUGGCGCCGGCGCGCGUGGUGCUCAACCGGUCCAUCGCCGGCAGCAUGGCCUUCAUGUUCCUGCUGUCGGGCGCCAUGAUGACCGUCAUCUACUACCUGACCAUCUGGUUCCAGGCCGCGCAGGGCCUGGGCGCCAUGGACGCCGGCAUCCACACCCUGCCGCUGGUGCUCGGCCUCGUCGUCAUGAGCGUCCUCGCCGCCGUCUUUACCCAGCGGUUGGGCUAUUACGUGCCCGCCAUGCUGCUCAGCCCCGUGCUGACCGCCGUCGGCGCCGGCAUGCUGUCCACCUUGACGCCUGGAGGCACCCCGUCCAGCCACUGGAUUGGCUACCAGGUGCUGUACGGGCUCGGCAUCGGCAGCGGCUUCCAGUGCGCCAACCUGGCCGCGCAGAACGUGCUGCCGCGCGCCGACGUGCCGCUCGGCCUCGCCCUCAUGUUCUUCACGCAGCAGCUCGGCGGGUCAGUGUUUUUGUCUGUAGGGCAGAACAUCUUUUCUGUCCAGCUCGUCGACGGGCUGGCCGGCGUGGCCGGGCUCGACGCGCAGCAGAUCGUCAACACGGGCGCGACCGACCUGCGCGGCAUCGUGCCGCCGUCCGAGCUCGGCACUGUUGUCGAGGCGUAUUCGUUUGCGCUCACGCGCACUUUUGUGCUCGCCGCCGCGCUGAGCGCUGCGACGGUCCUGGCUGCUGCGGCUGUUGAGUGGAAGAGCAUCAAGAAACCGAAGGGGGUGCCAGGUGCGGAGAAGACGGCUGUGCGAGAUCCAGAAGAUGCUGCGGUUAAUGCAGGAGAGACGAAAGAGGCUGUUUGAUAGGAGACUUGCAGAAAGAUUGCAGCAGGCGUUUCUGGGUCAUAUAGACAUGCACAAUAUUAGCCACCCAUAUUUUUUAAUAGAACAUAGGAUACAGCAGGGGUAACUCUAUCAUCAUGUCCCUAGGUAAUAAGUAAAUUAGAACACUCCAUUCAGACAGAGAAAAGAUGCGAUGACAGAGUAAAUAACUGCGGCUUCUUUAUACAC